CAGCAGCAGCACCGCACCAGACAGUUUCAUGAAGAGGAAUGGAAAUGUCAGUGCAUGGAAAUUCAAAGUCUUAGUUUGUCUGUUAUGUUCGGACUGCAACACUGACUGGAUACAUCAUUUCAAAACACCUGCAGUGGGAGUUCAACAACAACGACAUGGAUGCUGUAGCAUCUGCGUCACGCCUCUGUGGUCUGCUGAUCUGCUGCGUCAUGUUCAUGGUUUCAGCAUCUGCAGACCAAAAAAUCAUCACAGCUGAGUCUGGACAGAACGUCAUUCUGCCGUGUCGAGCUCCAAACAACAACAUCAUAGCUGUAAAAUGGAGCAGAGCUGACCUGGAGUCAGAAUAUGUGCUUUUGUAUCUGGAUGAACAGUUUGUUCCAGACGACCAGCAUCCAUCUUUUAAAAACCGGGUGGAUCUGCAGGACAGACAGAUGAAGGAUGGAGACGUGUCUUUGAUUCUGAACAAUGUGACGAUUAGUGACGCUGGAACAUACGAGUGUUGUGUUUUCAUGGAAGAAACACGCUCAUGGAAAAUCAUCAACAACUACCUGAGUGUUGAUCCUCCAGGUCAGACAGGAGGAGACACAGAGGAUGGAGCUGUUGGACUGAAAGUUGGUCUGUCUGUUUUGGGUGUGCUUCUUGUUGCUGCUGUUGCUGGUUUUUUGAUCUAUAUAAAACAACAUCAGACUCAGGAUUCCUACUAGCUUCCAGCUGAACAGCAGCUGGAAGCAGCAGUGAACAGAUGAACCUGCUCACUGACUUUCUCUCACUUUGACUCUGAAACUGUAACGAGAGACACGAUUCAUUUUCAUUACUGUAAUACAACAAGCCCAGACAGCUGAGCUUUACUGUUUACAUAUGAGCAAAUAAAUAAUCUAUUCAGACCAGAUGGAGGAUCCUCUGUACAGAGAUCUUUAAGGCUACGUUCACACUGCAGGCAAAAGUGCAUCAAAUCCAAUUUUUUUGACCCUAUGCGACC